AUGUCAUUACAUAUUAGUCCUUUUUCCGUGGCCACUAACGCCCUUGUCCUUUCCUUAGCCGGUAUAGCUUCUGCUCAAAAUCUUGGUGGUCUUGAUACACCUCCACAAGCAAAGACAGACACCACCAAAGCAACAGAGAACACUAGCAGUAUAUUGAUCAAAACAGAGGAAAAUUCCCAAGACACCACCAACGAAAAAACCACUGAACCAAAUACCACUACCCAGGAGACCACUACCCAGGAGGCCACUACAACACCAGAAACUACAAAAGCAGAGUCUACGGAUCAAAUCAAAACUUCACAAAUAGUCCAAACCACAAAGAUAACUCAAACUCAAGUAGAAACGUCAACUACUCAAGUGGUGCAAACCAUCCAAGCACUGUCAGGGGGCACUACACCACAGGUAUUAACAAAGCAAAGUACUAUUACUGCUGCUGGAACCCAAACAACAUUAGUAACUCAAACUCUAGUAGUGGUUGAUGGCCAACUGCAAAAGCAUUCUACGGUUACUUUACAAAGUGCAAGCACAGUGUCUCCUAUUACACCAAACGAGUCAACAACUGUAUGGUGGACACCUUCUACCACUCAAUUGAACAGUGGUUCCUUAGGCAAGUAUGGUAGUGCUACACCUGUUACUGAAAACGAGUCAACGACAAUUUGGUGGACUCCAAGCACCCAAAUCACAUCUUCAACCACCUCUGGCAAGGCUCUGGAUACCACCUCACAAAAAAGUGAUACUGGCUCUAACACCAAAUCUUCUGGUGGAUCGAGUGACACAAAAAGUGUAUGGAUCGCUACUACAGGUUCUGAUUUUGCUUCUCAAUCAAAUUCCGAUUCAAGCUCAACUGCUUCACGCAAUAGCUCAUCGAGUGCUUCACGACAAGCUGUUAUAAUAGGUAGCAAAGACCUUACGUGGAAAAAGACGUUAUUAUGUGGUGGGGUUAUCGGUGUUAGUUUGUUGCUAAAUUUAUUGUAG